AUGUCGAUGCCGAAGAUGACGUUAAACCAAUCAAACAGCAACAACAACGACAACGAAAACGACAUCAACAACAUCAACGUGGUCGGGUCGUGCACGUUCCAGCAGCGUCGGAGGAGGAGGUGCUCGACCAACGGUUGGCUGGCGAUGAUGUUCUUGGCGUACUCGUUCCUGCUGACCGUCCGGGUACAUUUCACGUACUCGAUGAUGGUGAUGAUGAACGUACCGCUGGCGGCGCGUCCGGCCGACCUACAGCCGUGCCCGGGCGCCGUGCUGAACGUGGGCCGGAACUCCACGGUCGUGGUGGCCAGGCGGCUGGACUGGACUAUCCUGCAACAGGCGGCCACGAUGGGCGCUUACUUUUUCGGCACACUGGUGUCCACUCUCCCGGGCGGCAUGUACUCUAGUCACGGUUACGAGCGCUCCAUAAUGAUGUGGUGCAUGGCCAUCACGGCCACCACGAUGGCACUGGUGCCGGUCGCGUUCGUCCAGUACGAGAGUUGGGUGGCCGUCACGUUUCUCAGGUUCCUGCAAGGGUAA